GAUUUUGUUUUUUGUUGUUUUUUUGCAAUAAAUGUUUGCCCAGCACGAAAUCUAACGACGCCAAUGGCAAAAGCGGGCCGUGCAAUUGUUUAACUACUGUCCAGCGGCAGACCGUGCCCAUACCCAAAAUAUAUUGUAUGCCAUGCAAGUUCGUUCAAGUGCUGACCGAAUUUCCGCACCCGUUGUUCGCCGUCUCGCUCGCACCCACUGCUCCUGUAGUCGUGGGCACUUUGUGUAAAUUACAUUGCAGCACAAAUAAGUCGCUUCUCGAGUCAAAAAUGUAACGCCAGUCGCCGCACAGAGUCGCAAAAAGCAAUAGGACAUACACGCCACACAGGCAGCCAGCCAUUCGUGGGCGCACCUGCCAGUUGCACGCUUAUCUGAACCGCACCAGCAACACCCUAGAAUCGCAGCUAGCUACCCCGCACCCCGACCCCGUCCACGACCCCAUUCGGACCGAGCUCAGUUGUCCUGGCGACGGAGGAAAUAAGGACAUGCAAAGAGCAUUUCCGUACGCAGUGUGGCCUACGCUAUCUCUAUAAGAUGUCCUUGGCUGUAUCGCUGCGCCGAGCUCUGUUGGUGCUGCUCAGCGGCGCCAUAUUCAUCCUGACGGUGCUCUACUGGAACCAAGGAGCCACCAAGGCCCAGGCUUACAACGAGGCGCUGGAACGCCCCCACAGCCAUCACGAUGCCAGUGGCUUUCCCAUACCCGUCGAGAAGUCCUGGACGUACAAGUGCGAGAAUGACCGAUGCAUGCGGGUGGGCCACCAUGGCAAAUCCGCCAAGAGGGUCUCGUUCAUCAGCUGCUCGAUGACGUGCGGUGACAUUAACAUUUGGCCGCACCCCACCCAAAAAUUCCUGCUCAGCUCCCAGACGCACAGCUUCUCCGUGGAGGAUGUGCAGCUGCACGUGGAGACGUCGCAUCGCGAGGUACGCAAGCAGCUCCAACUGGCUUUUGACUGGUUCCUCAAGGAUCUGAGGCAAAUCCAGCGGCUGGACUACGUGGGUAGUUCAUCAGAGCCGACGGUAAGCGAAUCCUCUUCGAAGUCACGCCACCAUGCAGAUGUGGAGCCAGCUGCUACGCUCUUUGGAGCCACCUUCGGUGUGAAGAAGCCUGGGGAUCUAACUAGCAUACAGGUCAAGAUCAGCGUGGUCAAGUCCGGAGACCUUAACUUUAGCCUGGACAACGAUGAGACCUACCAGCUUAGCUCCCUAACCGAAGGACGCCGCCUGCAGGUGGAGAUAACCGCAAACUCUUACUUCGGAGCCCGGCAUGGACUGUCUACGCUGCAGCAACUCAUAUGGUUUGACGACGAAGAUCACCUGUUGCACACGUACGCCAAUAGCAAGGUGAAGGAUGCCCCCAAGUUCCGGUAUCGAGGCCUCAUGCUGGACACCUCACGCCACUUCUUCUCUGUAGAGUCCAUCAAGCGUACGAUUGUGGGCAUGGGCCUGGCCAAGAUGAACCGCUUCCACUGGCACCUCACUGACGCCCAGAGUUUCCCUUACAUUUCGCGCUACUAUCCAGAGCUGGCCGAGCAUGGAGCGUACUCGGAGAGCGAGACGUACACGGAGCAAGAUGUUCGCGAGGUGGCCGAGUUCGCCAAGAUCUAUGGCGUUCAAGUCAUACCCGAGAUCGAUGCGCCUGCCCAUGCGGGCAACGGCUGGGAUUGGGGACCCAAGCGCGGAAUGGGCGAGCUGGCCAUGUGCAUUAACCAGCAGCCAUGGAGCUUCUACUGCGGCGAACCGCCGUGCGGUCAGCUGAAUCCCAAGAAUAACCAUACCUACCUCAUUCUGCAGCGCCUCUACGAGGAGUUGUUGCAACACACAGGCCCCACGGACCUCUUCCACCUGGGCGGUGACGAGGUGAACCUGGAUUGCUGGGCGCAAUACUUCAACGAUACAGAUCUUCGCGGGUUGUGGUGCGAUUUCAUGCUCCAGGCUAUGGCCAGACUAAAACUGGCUAACAAUGGAGUAGCGCCCAAGCACGUGGCUGUCUGGUCGAGCGCCCUGACCAACACCAAGUGUCUUCCAAACAGUCAGUUCACCGUUCAGGUAUGGGGCGGGAGCACUUGGCAGGAGAACUACGACUUGCUGGACAACGGCUACAACGUAAUCUUCUCGCACGUGGACGCCUGGUAUCUGGACUGCGGCUUCGGCAGCUGGCGGGCCACUGGGGAUGCCGCCUGUGCUCCGUACCGCACUUGGCAGAAUGUCUACAAGCACAGGCCGUGGGAGCGCAUGCGAUUGGACAAGAAGCGGAGGAAGCAGGUGCUGGGUGGCGAAGUGUGCAUGUGGACCGAGCAGGUGGAUGAAAAUCAGCUGGACAACCGGCUGUGGCCUCGAACAGCCGCUCUGGCGGAGCGCUUGUGGACCGAUCCUAGCGAUGAUCACGAUAUGGACAUAGUGCCGCCAGAUGUAUUCCGUAGAAUCUCACUGUUUCGAAAUCGCCUCGUCGAACUGGGCAUCCGGGCUGAAGCGCUGUUUCCAAAAUACUGUGCCCAGAAUCCCGGCGAAUGCAUUUGAUAUUACCUCUAAGCAGUAAAAGUAAAAGUAAUCUCCUACAAACCCAAUCCCGUGAUCCCUCCCAAAAUGUGCGUUAGUUAGUUGAUAGUCUAAUUGUUAUUUUAUACGAAUACCUUGGCUUCGUUUUGCAAAGAAGCAGGCGACUGUUUGAAAUGGUUUCUGGCAUAAACCACGAAUCGAAUUUCGUUUUCAUAGAACAAACAUAAAACCACACCCAUUACUAGUACAAUCCAUCUCGGAAUAUAGCGCACACAGACAUUGCAGUUGAAAUAGAGAACGAUUGGAAAUGACCUAGUAGGGAAUCAAGUUGAGGUUGACAUGCAGGUGACGUUGGACACUAGAGUUCAUAGAUAUAGUUGUAGAUUUCAUACGCAUCAAUUCACAGACACAGACAUAGGCUUACGAUACAUUUAUAUAUUAACAAGUAGCUUUAGACGAUAAAUCACGAUUAAGGAAUAACAAAUAUUUUGAUAUUUUUAAAAGCUUUAUUCGCAGAAUAUGAAUUAUUUAGUUUAGAGUGACAUCCAAUGAUCUUUUCCUCUUCUUUUAAUUUGAUGUUCGUUUAGUUUUCUUUUAAUUUCCCGUUGCCUUAAGUUAAAAAAUACGUUUAAUUACAUUUUCAGUGAUAUAACAAUGUGACCUUAAGAAUCAGAAAAAAUGGAAAACUGCUAAAAGAGUAAAACUUAGAAAUAAACUUAAUAUUUAAUCGUUAUGAAACAUUUUUGCACGCAUUGGCACAUAACUGACACUUGACUAGUAAAUUAGUAGCUAAUUUAGAAUGUACACCUAAAUGGGGGAACAAUUGUUGGGGUAUUCACAGUUUGUUUCGUUUAAUAUUUCUACAUUUGGAAUGAUUGAUAGGAUCCUUAAGCAAUUUGUUUUCGUACUUAAGAUUUUCAAAGAAAAUAUCAACAAAACGAAAUCCUGAAUUCUGAACCAACAUUAGUUUAACGAUUUCUGCUGUAACUCCAAGUAACUCUUGAAAAUAAACUAAAAGUCCAGUCUAA